AUGCCAUUAACUCAGCAUCAACCUUUAAAAGAUUUAAUAUCCCGUUUUAAAUUCCAAAAAGUUCUUGAUUCUUCACCACAAACCAAAGUACUUUCACUAUUAGGGACGAUCGAUGGAAAAGAUGCCAUAAUUACGGCAGAAAAGACACAUUUUACGUUUGACGAAAAUAUUAAAAAACCAAAUCCUGUGGAUGGUAGAUCGACUCCAAUCUUUUAUCAAUGUGAAAAUGAAUAUUCUAUAGUUAAUGGGAUUCAAGAAUUAAAAGAGAUUGCUUCAAAUGAUAUUUAUCAUUGGGGUCUUGCCAUUAUUAAACAAGAUAUGGAAGAAAACCCUACUGCAAGAUUGAACUUGAUUUGGCCUGCGACUCCGGUACAUAUUAAGAAGUAUAGUCAACAAAAUUUCCAUCUUGUUAGAGAAACACCGGAGAUGUAUAAGCAAUUUGUUAUACCUUAUAUUGAAAAACAAUAUGAACAAGGAAGAUUGGAUUGGGUUGAUGAUGUUCUUUAUGGUGAUGUUGAAUCAGAAAGAAUAGUCUAUAAGGAUUUUUCAGAAGAUAAGAAAAAAGAUGGGUUUAUCAUCUUGCCAAACACUAAAUGGGAUGGGGUCAACUUAGAUUCUUUAUAUCUGGUAGCAAUGGUCUAUAGAGAUGAUAUCCGUUCUGUAAGAGAUUUGAAACCUUCAGAUAGACCUUGGUUAAUUCAAUUAAAUAAUAAAAUUAGAUCAAUCAUACCUGCUUGUUAUAAUUUUAUGAUACAUGCAGAUGAAUUAAGAAUUUUUAUCCAUUAUCAGCCUUCAUAUUAUUAUUUCCAUAUCCAUAUAGUUAAUAUUAGACAUUCGGGUUUGGAAGAUAAUAUCGCAGCAGGUAAAGCUAUUUUAUUAGAUGAUAUUAUAGAUAAUUUGGAUUUCUUAGGACCAAAUGGUUAUCUGGAUAAAACUUUGACUUAUGUCAUUGGUGAAGAUAAUGAAUUAUGGAAAGGUGGAUUAAGAGAAGCUGCCAUGGAACAAAUGGAGCGUGAUGGGAUUCCAAAACUACCAAAUAUCGUUAGUGGAUUCGACCCAAAAUCAAAAACGUUGAAUCCUUGA